GUCCCCUCCCAGCACGCCUCGCCCACCCACAUCAAUCAACCCUCUUACUAUUGCUAGUUCUCCCUUCACACGCGCACACACAGAGGGGGAGCGAGAGUGAGUAGUUUGCAAAGAUGGGGGAGAAGGUGGUGUGCGUGACGGGCGCUGGCGGCUUCAUCGCGUCGUGGAUCGUCAAGCUCCUCCUCGAGCGCGGCUACACCGUCCGCGGCACCCUACGCGAUCCCGCGGAUCCUAAGAAGACAGAACAUUUGCGUGCUCUACAUGGAUCUGCUGAGAGGCUACAGCUAUUCAAAGCAGAUUUAUUAGAAGAAGGCUCCUUUGAUGCUAUAGUUGAGGGUUGUGAAUGUGUGUUCCAUACAGCUUCACCUUUCUACAUUAACCCAAAAGAUCCCCAGGUUGAAUUGAUUGACCCAGCAGUGAAAGGAACUCUGAAUGUUCUGGCCGCCAGCAAGAAAGCUUCUUCAGUGAAAAGGGUGAUUUUAACAUCGUCACUUGCAGCUGUUGUAUUCACUGAAAAACCAUUAUCUCCUGAUGUUGUGAUUGACGAGACAUCAUUUUCCAUACCAGAACUUUGUGAAAAGGCAAAGGAAUGGUAUGUUUUGUCAAAAACCUUAGCUGAACAAGCAGCAUGGAAGUUCUCAAAGGACAAUGGACUUCACUUGGUGACAAUAAACCCAGCUAUGGUCAUUGGUCCUUUACUGCAGCCCACACUAAACACCAGUGCUCAAAUGAUUCUGUACCUAACCAGCGGUUCACCUGUAUAUCUCAAUUACAGCUUUGGCUGGGUAAAUGUGAAGGAUGUUGCUCUGGCACAUGUACUUGCAUUUGAGACCCCAUCGGCAAGUGGAAGAUAUUGCAUGGCUGACAAAGUUGUUCACUUCUCCGAUGUUGUUAAAACCAUCCAUGACAUGUACCCUUCUCUUCCAUUGCCUGAUAAGUGCGCCGAUGACCAGCCGUUUGCUCCAAUAUACCAGGUCUCAAGGGACAAGAUCAGGAGCUUGGGAUUGGAGUUGACCCCAUUUGAGACGAGCCUCAAGGAGACAAUAGAAUGUCUGAAGGAGAAAGGCUUCGUGAGCUUCUAAAGUCAUUUUAUCCACCCUUCCACCUUGAAUUAGCACCACCAAAUUAAAUAAGAUGGAGUGCAUUAUUAAGAGUACUUGGCGUCGAGAUAUAGCAGCAAUGCAUGCGCUACCGGCAUUUGGUGUUUGCUUUUGCCUUCUCUGUCCCUUUCUGGAAGUGAAACUGUGAAACAAAGAAGUACCAAUCAUGAGAUGUUUCCUAUCUCCCUCUCCGAAUAAUCUGCUUGUUGUUUUGUGAA